AUGGUAGAUAGACAAACAACCCGUAUUCUACGUGACAUAAACAAUUUGAUGGAGCCACCAUCGACGGAACGACUGCACCAGAGUAACGUGUUUAAAAGGCUCAGUACAUCACCUUCCAAAGCUUACGCAAACGAUCUCUCGAAACCGCCGGUGAGGAUGUCACCAGUCAAGAGAAGCCCUAGCAAGAGUGGUAAUCAAUUGACCCCAAAGAGGCUUGCUUCACCAGACUGUUUGAAAAACGACGUCUCCAAGAUAACACAAAGCAUGGAUCGUCCAUAUUUCGAAAAACACGGUGGGAAUCCAAAGAUUGAGGAUAGCGGAUCUGUUACCAACCUCGUGUUCCCAGCCUCACCAACAAGAGUCACUUUCAGUAAUGAAAGAAAGAUUGGAGGUGAUGGAUCGCUUAGUAAACUUAGAUCUCGAUUUACCAAUGGGCUACUGUCGCCUCAAAGAGGGGCCAAUAUGCCGAAAACCGAGUUACAGGGCAAGAAUCUCUUCAGCAAACUCGAGAAUGACGAACAGAUCAAUGAUUUUACAACCAGUCCAAAGAGGCGUUUAGAAAAUUUGGAAGAAGAAGCGAUUUCAUCCAACAAGAGGAAGCAAAUCAAAAAGACAGUUAAGUUUGAAUUACCUGCAUCCGAUGAAAAUGAAAAUCUACGAAAACAGGUACAAGAUUUGAAGCACACUCUGUCAAAAGUGAUAGAGCAUCAAAAUGAGAUGGAAGUUCGCCUAAAGCUCGUGGAGAGCCAGCAGUACGACAAGAAAAAAUCAUGA